AAUCAGGGUCUGUAGUGACUCUGAGUUUCAGUCCCUUAGACCGCUGCGUCACUCGAAAGCCCCAGUCCCGACAAACCAUCACUAUCACCACCGGUAACAAAAUACACAAAAUAAGGGUAGGCCAAUCAUUUAGUAAAAAUUCAGCAAUAGCCUAAAAAGCUAGCGUACAAUAAUCAACACGGCAUGUUCCCCAUCAUUUAUUUUCAGCUACAUCCUGCCACCUUAUCAGCUGUUGUCAGACACACCCGUGUCUGAGAAGUAGGCCUUAUUUCACAUAUUCAUAUUUUUAUUAAUUCGAGCUAAAAAAAAAACAAAGCCUGAUUUAACAUAAAACAAUUUGUCUGCACAAAUAUUUGCACGUGCAUAAAGUUGGUCUGGUGCUGUAGAACAUUGUCGGUCACGUGACAUUUUAUCAGGAAGCUACAUUUAGCGCUUUUUGAUUUUUAAGUUUUAUAUUAGUGGAUGCUUGCUUGUAUGAACACCCCGAGCGAACUGUUUGUGGUUAUAUGAUGAAUACAACCAACAAAAUAAAAGUUAAAUGUCGCGCAUUGAUUUAUGAUGAAUCUUUGCUGAUUAUGACGCAUACUGCCGUAUCCACGACAACGGAUGUAAAAAAGAAACAAACAUGGCAUAAAAUUAUUCUGCAAAGGUUUCUAUUUUUUUUUUUACCGAAAAAUGAAUUAUAAUUAUCCAAUGACAAACACACGCUCCAAACCAGGACUUGGAUUAGUUGACGGUGGAGAAUCUGAUAAAGGACUGGCAAGUGUCUCUCAGAGAGGAAUGGAUGACACGGGAGAGUCGAUGAUGAUGACUCCUGAGGAAAAACUUACCCAGUAUGAUAGCAGGGCCCAAGCCUUUGCAGACACUCAACAGUUUGAUGCUUGUAUCCAGGACCUUGUCCGCUGUGUGGCUCUUACAAGACUGGUAUAUGGAGAUGGGCAAUUGAAACUAGCCCAAGCCCAUGUCAGACUGGCUAAAGCAUACCUACAGUUUAAAGGCUGGGCAGUGCAGGCCCAGGAGCACUCAGCCAGAGCCAGUGACCUGCUCCCCUUCUGCACCCCCAACUCCACCAGCCGGGAGGACAGGGUCCACAUUCUCACCUGUCUCCUCAACAUAUACCUAACACAGGGAGGCGCCACUCUGCUGCUGGCAAAUCUCGAGGAAGCAGAGUAUAAUCAUCAAAAAGCAGAGAGGAUUGUGGUCGAACUUCAUCAGCUAGGAGGCAUGAGCAAGGAGGAGAAAAUGGAGACUGAGUUUGAGAUAUCCACAUCUCUGUCCAGGGUGUACCAGCGGCAAGGCAGGUCAGAGGAGGCCCUGGGUCAGUGUGAGAGUAGUUUGCAGCUGCUGGAGGGCUGGGAAAGGCCAGGUCAGGCCUGCUCCGUCUAUAAGGACAUGGCUGCCAUCGAACAGGCCCAGGGCCGCCUCGACAGAGCUUUAGAGCACCUCUCUAAGGCUCAUGCCAUAGCUCUGAGUCAGAGCCCUGGGGGUCUGGAUGGGGCUCACAUCGCUCACAGCCUGGCCUUGGCCUACUCUACUGUAGCAGAGCCCCACCACAAUGACUCAGCAGCACACUACUAUGAGGAGAGUCUGAGUACAUACAGGAGCUCCCUAGGCCCACAGGCUACUGUCACUCUCAACCUUCAGGAUGACUACUGUCGCUUCCUCCUCCUCACUGGGCAGCAAGAGAGGUGUGUAGAGAUCCAGAGGGAGUCCCUGGCCUUGAAGAGAGAGACGUUUGGUGACCUGAGUCCUGAGGUGGCUGACACUCUGCAGCUGAUUGGAGGGGUGCAGAUGACCCAGGGCCAGGUGAAGCAUGCCCAUAGGACCAUGAGCAAGUGUCUGGACAUUCAGAGUAUCCUGUAUGGCCCUCAGCAUAAGAAGACAAGAGCCACGCAGAAGACAGUGGACAUGCUGGCCCAGGCGCCCGAGGUUGCUGGGAGACAGAGGAGGGAGGGUAGCCUGAAAACAAGGCCUCCUUUCUGUGCAGUCCUACCUUCUUAUAGCAAGGCAGGAGGAAACGCCAACAUGUCGGACUCCUAACAUGCCAUCAGAGCUGAGCUGGAUGAAUGAGCCUUGGCCCUCUAAGAAAAUAAAGCCUCUCCCUUUGUCGCAAGGAGAAAUUCUAUGAAUUGGAAAUGAACCAAGAAGACCCCUGGCAAUCCUUUCUGUUUUCAUUGUGCAUUCUCUGAGAAAUUAGUGUCAGGCUGUUGGCAGGACUACGCAGACAGAACUCCUCAGAAUGAAGGGAAGGUUCUACAGCUCAGGAGAAGAGCUGCAGCGGAGGACUCUGUCCCUUCCCUGUCUCUCUGUGUGUACAACGAAGACGUUCAAUGUUAUGUUUAUGUUGUAUUAAUAAAGACUCAAACUCAGGAAACACA